AUGUUGACUCUAUUCCCUGAGAAAAUCAUCCCCACACGGACCUUUUGCGCGGGAGAGACAGGCCUGGAGACGAAAGACACCCUCCGGCACUUUAAAGCGAUGGGCUUUCGGGGUACAAUCCUCACAUACGCCAAAGAGACCGUGUUCGAUCACAAAACGAACAAUACACAUGGGCUGGGUAUUGCAAAGAGUGAGAAGAACAAAGAAGCCACAGGCUCAGCGGUGGAGCAUUGUGCCAAUAUCGAGGCCUGGCGUAAAGGAACAGUAGAGACUAUUGGUCUCCUCGGCGAGGGGGACUAUCUAGCUCUCAAAUUGACCGGGGCUGGCCCAACAGUCACUGAAGCCUUUGCAGCCGGAGAUCUCCCACCACAACAGAUGAUCGAUGCACUGGAAGAAAUCUGUCUGAAAUCCAGAGAUCGCAAUGCCCGCAUUUUAAUUGACGCUGAGUCGCAGCAUUUCCAAUGGGGUAUUCUGCGGGUGACUCUCGAUCUUAUGCGGAAAUACAACCGAGACGGAUACGCUUUGGUCUACAAUACGUACCAGGCAUAUCUCAAGAGCACACCCACCACACUGGCCAAACAUCUCACUGCCGCCAGCGAGGAAGGGUUCACACUCGGCCUCAAGCUGGUUCGAGGGGCGUAUAUCGCAUCGGACAAGAGGUCUUUGAUUCACGAUACAAAGGGAAACACCGAUGAUGCCUACGAUAGCAUCGCCCAGGGUGCACUACGACAAGAGAUUGGAGAGUUCGGGGCACCCAACGGCCGUCCAUUCCCAUCAGUAAACCUCUUCCUAGCAAGUCACAACAAGGGCAGCGUGGUGGCCGCUCAUCAACUACACAAGCAGCGGACCAAGGAUAAUCUGCCAACAGUGCCAGUGGCAUUUGCCCAAUUGCACGGCAUGUCUGAUGAAGUGAGUUUUGGACUAUUGCAGAUGAAGGGUUCGGAUGGGACACCGGAGGUAUAUAAAUGCUCUACAUGGGGUGGAAUGGGAGAGUGCCUGGCGUAUCUUCUUCGGAGAGCGAUUGAGAAUCGUGAUGCCGUGUCGAGAACGGGGGAUGAAUAUACUGCAUUGAAGGCUGAGGUUAGAAGACGGAUUAAGUCGAUCUUCUCUUUCUCUUAG